AUGCCUGCCGCUUCACUUCCCGACCCAGGACUCAUGUUCCUCUACCUCUGCUUGGUUAACUCCGACAUGACCAAGAUCAACUACGAAGCUGUCGGCGCUGCAGCAGGUCUCAAGGUUCCUGCCGCCCGCAUGCGUUACAGCCGUCUGAAGAAGCAGAUUGAGAGUGGUCUGGUCGACGGUAAACUCAAUUUGAGCGCCGGUGCUGGUUCUGAUGAGCAGGAGGAUGGCGAUGAAGUCAUGGCCGAGCCUAUGACCCCGUCCCCAUCGAAGAAGAGGAAGGUGGCGCCGAAGGCGGGAUCAGCGAGGAAGAAGGUGAAGGCGAAGGGGAAGGGUGCUCAGCUUGGUGAUGCUGAUGAGGAGAACGAGGAUGGUGGAGUGGGGAUUGUGAACGAUGAGGAAAUGGGAGAUACUUAA